AUGAGAAAGUUGUUAAAACCAUUUGAUUUAGGAUAUGAGAAGAUUCAUGCAUGCCCAAAUGACUGUUGUCUAUUUAGAAAGGAGCUUAAAGAUUUGGACUCAUGUCCAAAGUGUGGUUCUUCAAGAUGGAAGGUAGACAAAGUCACCACCAAAGUUUGUAAAGGAGUUCCUGAAAAGGUGCUACGGUAUUUUCCUGUGAUACCAAGAUUGAAAAGGAUGUUUAAAUCAGAACAAAAGGCUGAAGACUUGAUUUGGCAUUCCAACCAUAAAAGUCAUGAUUAUAUGAUGCGUCAUCCAGUUGAUUCAAUAGCUUGGGAUACGAUAAAUCAUAAGUGGCCAGCUUUUGCAUCAGAUCCUAGAAAUCUCCGGCUUGGUCUUGCAACAGAUGGAUUCAACCCUUUUGGUGAUCUUAGUUCUAGAUAUAGUUGUUGGCCAAUUAUUUUAGUAAAUUACAACCUUCCUCCGUUGAUGUGCAUGGCGAAGGAAAAUCUUAUGUUGACAUUAUUGAUUCCAGGCCCGAAGCAACCAGGAAAUGAUAUAGAUGUAUACUUGGAACCCCUAGUGGAGGAUUUGAAGGAGUUAUGGGACAUUGGCGUGGAGACGUAUGAUGCAUUUAGCAAGUCAGUGUUCAAUAUGAAAGCUAUUUUGAUGUGGACAAUCAAUGAUUUUCCAGCUUAUGGAAACUUAGCUGGAUGUGCCACAAAAGGGAAAUUUGUUUGCCCAAUAUGUGGUGAAGGCAUAUCUUCUAUGUGGCUUAAGUAUAGUAGAAAGUUUGCAUAUUUAGGGCAUAAGAGAUUUCUUGCUCCUAAUCAUCCAUUCCGUCAGAAGAAGAAGUGGUUUGAUGGGAAUAAAGAGACAAAAGGAAAACCUAGGCCUCUGAAUGGAUUAGAAAUUCUUAAUGUAUUGAAAGACAUUGAAAAUGACUGGGAAGAACGAAAGCUUAUUGGGUUGAAAUCUCAUGAUUGUCAUGUUCUUAUGCAACAAUUGCUUUCAGUAGCAUUGAGAAGUCUUUUACCAAAAGGUCCACGUAAUGCUAUAUUUUUGCUUUGUGCAUUUUACAAUGAGUUAUGUCAAAGAGUGUUAGAUAGGAACCGUCUAGAACAACUCGAAGAGAAUAUUGCUGAAACUUUAUGCAUGUUGGAGAGAUUUAUGAAAAUGCUUAAAGGCUAUGUGAAGAACCGAGCAAGGCCAGAGGGUUGCAUAGCUGAGUGUUACCUUGCAGAAGAACGAAUGCGAUUUUGUAGUGCUUAUAUAAAAAAAGCUGCUUGUAUUGGUCUCCGAUCUAAUCGGAAUGACGAUUUGGAAAAUGGAGUAGUGGAAGGUCGCCCCAUUUCUCAAGGAAAAGAAAUUAUUUUAGAAGAACAUUUGUUACAAGCAGCACAUCGAUAUGUGUUGUUCAAUACUGCAGAAAUUGAUCCUUACAUACAGAUGCACAUUGAGGAGCUUAAACAAACAUAUCAUUGUUUCUCAAGUAAUGAAACACUGUUACAAAAACGACAUAUGGAAACAUUUGCUCAAUGGUUAUCAAAACAUGUUCUUGAUAACUCUUCAGAUCGGAUUCAAUGGCUAGCACAUGGUCCAAGAAAGCAUGUUAUAUCAUAUACAGGUUAUAUUAUAAAUGGACAUCGGUUCCACACAAUUGAUGUUGGAAGGUCGACACAAGAUAGUGGUGUUUCAGUUGAAGCUGAUACUAUUUGGCAAUCUAGUUCUACUGAUUCACAUACAGUAGGAAGACAAUCGUACUAUGGGGUUAUACGAGAUAUUGUGUUACUAGACUAUUAUUUUUUCAAAGUACCUGUUUUUAGGUGUGAUUGGGCUAAUCCUGGAACUGGUAUCAAAAUGGAUGAUGGUUUUACACUUGUCAACUUACACCAAGGACUAAGGACUUUUGAAAAUGAUCCUUUCAUUUUAGCAUCACAAGCAAAGCAAGUUUUCUAUUCUAGGGAAAAUGAUGAAUCAAAUUGGUAUGUGUUGCUAAAAGCGCCACCUCGAGGUAUUCAUAACAUGGAUUUGCUUGAAGAGGAUGCAUAUACAUCAUCAAAACCUCUUGAUGUGUCUAGACUUGAGAUUAACAUUACUGAGAAAGAACCAUAUUCCAGAAAUGAGUGUGAGGGAAUUGAUGUUAUUGAUAUCCCAUGA